CCGCCGCAUCACAGUCUAUUCUCUAUAGUUCACUUCACACCAUUAACUGUUGAUCACAAACGAGAAGAAGCAGAGCAUUAACCAUGGCGACGGCUAUGCUGAAACGGACGACGAUGGUGAAGUCAAUGGUCAACAGGUUGAGGUCAUACGCAUCGGUUGCAGUGGGUUCGGACCUGAUCUCGGCCGCACCCAAUGCCUCUCUCCAGAAAGCUCGCUCUUGGGACGAAGGCGUUUCCUCCAACUUCUCCACUACCCCUCUCAAAGACAUCUUCAAGGGCAAAAAUGUUGUUAUCUUUGGACUUCCGGGUGCAUACACCGGAGUUUGUUCAGCUCAACAUGUGCCUAGCUACAAGAAUAACAUUGAUAAGUUUAAGGCCAAAGGAAUUGACUCGGUGGUCUGUGUAGCUGUCAAUGACCCAUAUACGAUGAAUGGCUGGGCAGAGAAGCUUCAAGCAAAAGAUGCUAUUGAGUUCUAUGGUGAUUUUGAUGGGAGUUUCCACAAGAGCUUGGACUUAACAAUUGACCUCUCUGGUGCUUUGCUCGGAAUACGAUCCCAUAGGUGGUCUGCAUACAUAGUUGAUGGACAGGUCAAGGUUCUCAAUAUUGAACAGGCUCCAUCUGAUUUCAAGGUAUCUGGUGGAGAUGUCAUCUUGGGACAGAUCUAGAGUCUGUUUUAUUUGCAGUUUUAAUUAAUAAUGAGCUUUUGUCUAGUCAUACGGAAGGGCAAAUACUGGUCUAUUCUUCUCCCAAAUUCCUAACUGUCCCUUGGCUUUGUAAAUGCAAUGCUUUGGUAUUCUCUGCUAAAGCCUAUAGGGUUCCCAACUUUGUUGCAAAUAAUCACCAUUUAUAUGAAGAAAAACAUUAGCUAGUUGAAACCAAA